AACAAACAAACAAACAGACCCCAUAAAAUCUCACUAUAAAUUAAACUUCAACACCAUUUUUUGUUCUCCAUCUCCUCUCAUUUUCUCCUUUCCCAAAACCGUUUUCAAAAACGCCAUAACUAAACAAAGACCCGUUUUCAAAACGGAAAAAAAUGAGAACAAUCAGUUCCACUGGUUUAUCACCUUCUCCGGCGACGGCCACCGUGGAGGGUCAGAGAUCACCGUGGCACUCGCCGGUUCCGUACCUGUUCGGAGGAUUGGCAGCGAUGUUGGGAUUGAUUGCUUUUGCGUUAUUGAUAUUGGCUUGUUCUUAUUGGAGACUUAACGGUCAAAACAAUAAUGACGGCGAACGUGAUGAUAACAGAGACUUGGAGAACGGUUCCGGUGACGGAGAGAAAGAUUCCGUUAAAGGGGUUAAGGUUUAUGAAGAAAAGUUUUUGGUGAUUAUGGCUGGUGAUGAAAAACCAAGUUUUUUGGCUACUCCUGUUUUUGCUAAAGUUUCGAUUUUUAAUGAAGAAAAAACUGAGAAAAUGGAAGAGAGAGAAAAUUCUGAUGAGAAAGUUAAACAAGAUCAUGAUCAUCAUCAAGCUUUGGAUGAUCACCAUGAUCAUGAUGAUGAUGAAAACAGAGAAGAAGAGUGAGUUUUUUCUUUCUUUUUCAAGAGAAAGGGCAUUUAUGUCUUUUCACCUUUCUUUUUGAUCACGUGAUCAGGUGAAGUGAGUGAACUAACUGAUCAUCAAGGGCUUUUCUUUCUUUUAGCUCAUUUUGUUGUUGUUUUUGGGUUUUGGAGGGGUUUUUGGUAAUUUUAUUUUCGGGAAAUGUAAAUUUUUGUUGAGAGAGUAAGAAUAGUUAUUAAUUAUUAUUAUUAAUUAAAUAUGUAUUAAUAUUAUGGUAAUGAGAGAAGAUAAACAUCUCUUUCCAGCUAUUUACAGCCAAAAUUAUGUCUUUUA